CAAAGCAAAUAAUUACCUAGUUGCAUUCGUCAAACAAUGAAAGCGGGAGUAAUAAGUUAAUUACGAUUCCAAAAACGACUGUUUAUUUUGGUAAACAAUAUGACUAGGGUCAAUUUAGUGAUAACAGUGUUAGUUUUAGUGUCAUGUGCAGUACUGGUAGUAUCACAAUCAAAUGAAGUAAGUCGCUGCUUCCAAUUCACGUGGCUGGGUCCUCAGUACAAUAACAACAGCGUGUUCCUCAACGCCACCUGUAACGACGCGACCCGGCUGGCGAGAGGAGUGCCGUGCCAGAAGCCUUUGGUGGCAUCUUACGACGGCACAUGGCCCGACGUGGAGUACAUAUGGACGCACCAUUCACUGGAAGCCUCGUGCAUUUUGGGUCCUAACGAUGUCUGCGCACAAUAUACAUACUACUUCAAUGACAUAGCGGAAAACUCUACAUACAUGUGCACGAGAGCGGUCGAUCAGCUCGGAAACGCUAUCAACAACGGCUGCUACCAGUCGACCAACGGGAGCUGGGCCACUAGGGUGUGCUUCUCUGCAAAAAUGUAUUCAGUGUUAACGAGAGGAAACGCUAUAUUAACGUAUACACUUAGCGUACUAGCAUGCUUAACUUUCUUGUGUUUUCUGUCUACAUUAACUGUGGAUUAUAGAACUAAUGCCCAAAUGAACACAGUAAAAGUAGUCGUCAAGAACGUGCCGGAUUAUGGAGUUUCUAGGGAGAGAAAUGAUCUUGGCUUCCUUACUUUCGAUUUGAAGACUGAUCUAUCCCAUUUGUUCAACUGGAAUGUGAAACAGCUAUUUUUGUACCUCACAGCAGAAUACAUUACUCCCAACAAUGAGCUCAACCAAAUUGUACUUUGGGACAAGAUUAUUCUAAGAGGAGAAAAUGCUGUUCUUGACUUUAAAAAUAUGAACACGAAAUACUACUUCUGGGAUGAUGGUAAAGGCUUGAAGGGCCAUAACAAUGUAACACUAACUCUAUCAUGGAACAUCAUCCCCAAUGCAGGGUUGCUGCCAAACAUCAUGGCCCUUGGCUACCACUCCUUCAGGUUCCCAACUGAGUACACUCAGACUAGAGUGUGAUCAACAUUGCAUUUUGCUUUUAAAGUAUCUCAGUAAAGUAUUAGGUAGGUUGUACACCUCGGCAAAUGUUUUUUCACAAAUAUCUAUAAUCGAGGAGUGGAUCAGGUGUAAAAAUUAAGAAAAAAUUGUGCCUCAGAAUUUUACAGCUGAACUAUACUGCGCCAUAAUAUAUGUUUUGUGGUAGCUGAAUUGUACCCUGGGUAUCCAAUCCACUGAUGCAGUACACUGUGUAUUGGAUUCACAGGGUACAAUUUUGAAAUGUUAACUUCCAGCAACCAGAGUUGAGUUACCACAUAUAAUAUACAUAUGGAGCCCUACUAAAACAUAUGCUUCAACUGUCAAAUUCAAGGCAUAAAUAUUUCUUGGACUGCAGACUUCUAUAUUAAUAACUGGUAUCAUGUAUGUCACUUUCCCUUUGUAUGCUAUCUGUAGCAGAAGAGACAGAUUGCCGAGAUGCAUAAUCACAGACAGUACUGUAAAUGGAUGAAUGAGGUGUGAUAUAAGAUCAUAAGAGAAUACACGUUUUCUGUAAA